AGUGAGGAUCCGAAUAAGGAAGAUAUUGCGAUGAAUGAAAUUAGAGCGAGAGAAAUCUUGGACUAUGCGAUCCAGCAGCACCAAAGAAGCAUAAGGUUGUCGAAAUAUUUGAGCUCAACUAACUUUAACCACAAAUUCGUGUGUUGUCAAGAUUUAUUGAUGGUAUCAACAAGAUAUUCAGCACGGCAAUGCUUAUAGAGACAUGGGUAAUCAUGCUGAUUUGGUUUACAGUCAUAUACCGCAUCAUAAAGCAAGGCCUGCAGAUUAAUGCUAACUGCAAUUCUGUGUCUUGGUGGAACUGGGUUCCGGGAUUUGAGAUUGAUAUCAACAUCAUGUCAAUCCGCGCGAAAGAUCCCCUUUUCCUGAAGGCCGGUCCAUUCUACCGACUUAAUUUAAAGACGCUGUUGGCUAUUCUGGAACUGUCAGUAACCUAUUUGCUGAUACUCCUGCAAUUAGAAAAAUGA